GACAAGAACGACAAGUAGGGAUAUAUGUUAAAGAUAUUUUGUCGUACAUAUAAGCAGUGCUUUAACCCAGCAUUCAGCCAGUUAGCAUCCGUGAUUCCGAGUGGUUGUAUGUGGACAUUUAUCAUGUAUCGAAUAAUCGUACUGCUUCUUGGUAUUGUAUUUGCCGCCAUUGCAGAGCAAAAUUUCUUAUCCGUCCGUUUAAAACCACACAACCCUAAAGUGAGAAAUGUAACGGGAGAACUAGUUUUCGUUCAAAAUGAAGAUAAUUCCAUUCAAAUAAUAGGAAAAGUGUGCGGACUUACGCAAGGAUUGCAUGGUUUCCAUGUACACGAAAAAGGAGACUUACGAGACGGUUGUACGUCUACCGGCCCACAUUUUAAUCCUGAAAAUGUUACACACGGUGGACAAAAUAGUCCGGUGAGGCAUGUUGGCGAUCUAGGUAACAUUUUAGCGAAUGCGCGAGGAGAAGCAGAAAUAAAUAUUCAAGAUUUUAUUAUUUCUCUAAGUGGAAAAAAUAACAUCAUUGGACGUGCAAUAGUUGUUCAUUCUGGUGAAGAUGAUCUAGGAAAAGGGAACCAUACGCUUUCUGCAACCACUGGAAAUUCAGGAGAUCGUUGGGCUUGUGGCAUUAUUCAGGCUCAAUAAGUUUCUAUUAAAAUUUGAUCUUUUAUUUGAUUCAUAUGUUCACAAUUAGAUCCCAGUUUGUUAUACUUAAAAAUUAUAAAUGAUAUUAAAAAGCACAACUGUUCAAGAUAAAUACUUUGACAUAACAAUUUUUUAGUCUUUUGCUAAAUAAAAUGAAUACUACAAUUAAAAAUAAAA